AAGGCAAGCAGGGGGAGAAAAAAGAGGGGGGGGGAGAAAAGAAAAAGGAAGGAAGGUAGGUAUAAAGGCUAGCUGAAUUCCAGCCCCUGACAAUGACAGGGCCCAUGCAUUUCCAGGUGGGUUUGACCCCAGAGCCUUCUGUCCUCUAGAUCUGGUCUUGCCUCCUCCUCUCGGACAUGGGGAAACUGAGGCUCAGGGCAGGGAAAUAAAACUUUUGCUUCAAGCAGCAGGUUCACUGUUGUUGACCCCAGCACAUCUCCCUGGUUUUGGCACUGCUCUAUGGGCAGAACAGUGGAGGGCACCUUGGGGCUUCUGAGCACCCCCAGAGCCCUGCCUACCACUUAAUUGCCCUGUGGGCCUCUGCCGCCGCUCCGUUGUCUGGCAUCCAGGCUGGGCCCUCUCCUUGCAGAUGCACAGGGUGCCCAUGCUGCUGUCCAGGAAGCUGGGCUUGGAAGGCAUGGAGUGGCUUCCGUGCCAGACAUCCCAGGCCCUGACCUUCCAGCUGGCACACUGCGGGCUGCCUUGUGCCCAGGCGUCUCUGCCUCCCCCAGUCUUGCUGCCUGCUGCCUGCAGGGGACUGAGGGCCACCGCUUCCAUCCCCCUGGCACGGCCAUCAGGCAGGCAGCCAUGGCACACAGCUGCCUUGCACGCGAGCCGGGAGCCCUGGCCAACUCCCACUGCCUAGCGCCAGUCCUGUGUCUCUUUCUGUUUUUUUUGUUUGUUUGUUUGUUUGUACCUGUGAUAGAACUCAGGGCCUUGCUCUUGCUAAAUCUUGAGCUAAAUCUCGGGCCCCCUGUGCCACUUUCUGUACUGGCAGGAAGGGGUGGGCAGGGGAGGUACCUUCAGGGCUCUGGGUCAGGGGUCUCCGGGUCAUACUCUGGGCAAUUUGGGUGUGUUUGGGUGAACAGUGGCCAGUCCACCAACACCUCCUGUGGGCUGACACCCUCCUGGGGACCUGGAGGACAGCGCUGGCCCUGAAGGCACAUGCCUGUAGUCUCUGUUACUCAGGAGGCUGAGGCAGGAGGAUCUCAAGUUCAAGGCCAGCCAGGGCAACUGAGCAAGACCCUUUCUCCCAAAAGGCACAGUCUCCCGAGGGAAUGAGAACAGGGACAACAGUUCUCUGAGUGGGGGCAUAGCAGGUCAGGACUGGCACAAGGGCAGUGGGCAGCAGAGGAGGGUGAGGCCUGCUUGAGAGAGUUCCUGUGGGACAGCUGGCAUCCAAGGCAGAGGGGCUGUGGGAAGGGCUCGGAAGGGUACACAGGUGUUCACCACAUAGGGCAAAGAGGACAAGCAUGUCAGAGAUCCCAGGGCCAUAAAAGUCCCAGCAUCCUGGCAUGUGGCUGGGGGAGGCAGGGGUGCCAAAGACAGGUCUGCGGGGUCAUGGGGAGACUCGGCACCACGGUGGGGGCAAUCCUCCUGUCUCAGCCUCCCCACUGCUGGGAUUACUGGCACGUACCACCACACCCAGUUUUCAGUGCUGCCUCUCAGCUCUGCCGUCCACACGCUGCCACCCUGGGAGACACCCCAAGGGCACCCACAGGGCGUUCCGCCCACGGUGCCCUCCUUCCCAGCUGCAGCGGCUCAAGCGCUCUCUGUCCCUCAAGACCAUCCUGAGGAGCAAGAGCAUGGAGAACUUCUUCCUGCGCCCCAGCUCUGAGCUCAUUCGUCCCACGGAGGUGCUGCUCACACCCCCGUCCCCUCUGCCCCCGCCCUCCCCGCCACCCACGUCCACCCCGGCGGCCUCCCCGUGCCCGGCGCUGCGCCCCCUGGCGCCACUCAAGCCCCCCAGGAGGCACGGCUUCCAGGAGCACAUCUUCAAGCGCGCCAGCCCCUGCCAGCUGUGCCACCAGCUCAUCGUGGGAAACUCCAAGCAGGGCCUGCGCUGUAAGGGCUGCAAGGCCAGCGUCCACCUCUGGUGCUCUGAGGGGAUCUCCUGCCAGCAGUGCCCGGGCAAGAUGUCCACCUCCUUCCGCAGAAACUUCAGCUCCCCGCUCCUGGUGCACGACCCCCCACCAGCCUGUGCGGCCAGCAGAGAGUCCCCACCCACCGGGCUCGGCGGGAAGGUGGACCCGGUGUACGAGGCCCUGCGCUAUGGCACGUCCCUGGCGCUGAUGAACCGCUCCAGCUUCAGCAGCACAUCCGAGUCCCCCACGCGGAGCCUGAGCGAGCUGGCGGAGGAGCUGACGGAGGACGGGGAGGGCAGCAUCCGCAGCCCCGAGGAGCGGCCCGGCCAUAGCGGUGAGCGUGGAGGAGUGGAGCCAGCAGAGCGGCCCUCACAGCCUGCCGCGCCCACGCCCCCAGGGUCCACAGCCCUGGCGGAGAGCGCGGAGCCUGCGGAAGAGCAGAGCCCUGGGCAGCAGCCCCCCAAGGCGCUCCUGCGGAAGGAAGUGGGGCCCAUGUACUCCUACGUGGCACUCUACAAGUUCCUGCCCCAGGAGAGCAACGACCUGGCCCUGCAGCCAGGGGAUCGGAUCAUGCUGGUGGAUGACUCCAACGAGGACUGGUGGAAGGGCAAGAUUGGCGACCGCGUGGGCUUCUUCCCGGCCAACUUUGUACAACGGGUGAGGCCAGGUGAGAACGUGUGGCGCUGCUGCCGGCCUUUCCCUGGAAACAAGGAGCAGGGUCACCUGAGCCUCAAGGAGAACCAGAUCUGCGUGGGCGUGGGCAGGGGCAGAGAUGCUGAUGGUUUUGUCCGAGUCAGCAGCGGCAAGAAGCGGGGCCUGGUGCCAGCGGAUGCCCUGACGGAGAUCUGAAGGCGCCCGCAGGAUGGAAACGGAGCCGGCACCCCAGCACCUGCCUCCUCUGCCUCUCCCGGGCCAGAGGCCCCAGGGAAGGUUUUAUUUCUUGGGCGGGGCACCCUGCUGGGUUGAUCCCCUGGGACUGGGAGGAAGUGGGGAGCUGCAAGUAGGUU